CACAUAUCUGAAAAUAUGGUGUAUUUGUGUAAUGUCCCAUUUUUCUUACAGUGUCAGGAUGUUCACAUAACUGUUGCAGGUAUUCCAGCUCUCUCACCAGUUGUGGAACACGUGUUCAUGACCACUAGCUCCACUAGUGCUUGGCAAGUCAAGACACAGAGGGAUGUGGUGUUGUCCAUGCUACUUAGGCUCGUGGAAUACCCUCAGGUACUGAGUUUACUAGCUCGGAUCCUAAGUGCUGACAGCAGUGGAGAGGAAUGCAAGCGCUGGUCCCACCAGACUGCUGAUGUGCUCAUGCCACUUCUGGCUCAGGGCAGAGUGAGGCUGGACUCUGCCGAGGCUAUUGGUUCCUUGCUGAGUCUCCUCGGCAGCUUCUUACCCCGAACCCUUAGCCCCCCAGAUCCUGUAUUGAGGGUGCUCUUUACCUCCCAGCUCUAUGAGGUGGAGUAUUGUAGCCGUAGCCUGGGAACGAUGUUGGCAAUGCUGGUGUACAUUGUUAGACGAAACGAGGAGGACAGUAUGUUGGCCAGACUGGAAGAUCUCAAGCUGUGUGUGAGGGAACAAAGUGAUGAUCCUCUCAAUGCCAGUUCUGCUAAUCUUAAUGAUCCUCCACAGACAGUUUUUGCAAGGCUCCUGCUGCGUACCUUGCUCUGCAUGACCACACAGCUUCAUACCGCAGUGUUCUGUUGCCACAGUGACCUCUCAGUUCCAUAUCUGCAGUAUCUGUUAGCCCACUUCCUGGUCACCUGUACCUACUUGUUCAAGUCCAACAGUCAUCAGUUAGUAACUGCAGGCUUCACAUCACUGGUGACACAGACAGAACCUGCCGCUAUCCCGGAUCUUAGCCGGACUGUUCUCUCCCUGAGGUGUAGAUGUCCUCUGAUUGUUGUACUGUGGGCUCAACUGCUGACUUCAAUGGGGUAUCAGGACAAGGUAUUCUGGUCAGCAGUUAAAGAUAAUAGUUUGGACACACAUAUUUUAAAAACAAAGAAGGAAGUGUGUUUGAACUCAGAAAUCGCCCAGAGAGGAUGUCUGAUUGCAUUCUGUGAAUAUAUUGUGAAUAAACCAAAACUGAUAGAUGAGAGUGCAGUUCUGCUGUCCAAGCACUUCACACACCUGUUGACUCUGUAUAAUGAAGGACCAGUAGCAGAGUAUCUAGAGACCUGCAAAAACAACCCUGCGACUAGUGGUCUGCUGCUGCCAGCUGUUGCAACUGUGUGCGCCAAUAACCCUCAGCCUCGCUUGGUCAGCAGAAUACUGGACUAUCUGGUGUCAGUGAGCCUGGACGACUCAGGAUCUGUGCUGACUGUGCUGUCCUCCCUGUUACAACACCCUCACCUAGUGCUUGCUCGGAGAGCUGCCGUAUUGGCCUGCUCAAGAGUGGAGUAUUUGUUGAUCCUCGAGAGGGAGGAAGUUAUCAAACUAUUGGAUCAAGAAGAUCUGGUUAACUUGCUGAAAAUGUUGACCACCAAUAGUAGAUUGGCUUUGAAGCACAGUGGGCUGGUCAGCCUGCUCAACAAGUUGGCCUCCACCCACUACAACUUGUCUCCUGUGUGUGACCAGGGUCGCAGUGUCAACACAGCCAACAUUCACACCAUCGCCCUGGACAAGGCUUGGUUUCUCACCCAGGUGCGGCUCAGAUGUUGCCAGGCUGACAGUGCGCAGCAGUGCAGCCAACUGUUGAGUCAGCUGGAGUAUGCAGAUAUUGUAUGUGUGCUGCGCUGCCAACAGUUCAACAACUGUAUUCUGCAGCACUGCUUCACUCUCGGUACCCAGCUCUCUAUACAGGAGAGCCAGACACAGGAAGGGGAACAGCUAUCACCUCUGUAUUGUGCAGCCAGAACAGCUUUACUGCAACACAUCCACCACCUGCUGUCCCAGCUACCCAGAGCGCACCAGGUAUAUAGUCCUGUUGGACGGCCGAUGUACCCGAAGGAGAGCAAGUACGCAGACCGGCUGAAUGAACUAUUCAGUGACACCCAGUUCCUGGAGACCCUCUUCCGUUUAGUGCCUGCUGUCACGAGCUACCUCCUAUCCCUUACGGAAAUGUCCUCAUCAGUACAAGCAACCAUACCUUCUGAGGCCAAAGAUGAUUUGGCCAGAUUUGGAGUCCUUUGUAUGGAGGUGGUGCAGUGGCUUGUGAUGUGUGGAGGUAGCCGCUGCAGGGGGUGGCCUAGUCUGCUCCAUCUUGCUUUGGAAUCUGCGGGGAGUGUACUGCGCCUGGAUUCUCUUAGUGGUCAACUAUCUGUCAGUCAACUAGGCUCAGUUACAUCGGCCUUGGCCAGCCUGGUCCACCUUGCUACAGGAAAUGACCUCUCCUUGCCCAGGCACCCAGGGGAUUCGGUAAAUGAAUUGCUCACGGUAAGGAUUCAAGAUGACUCUAACAUUUCUAUAUCCAAGUCACCAGAAUCUGAAGACGAAGGAGAGAUAACGGAACAUGAAGCUGUUGUCAGUCUGCAUACUCGCUACCAGGUGGCAGGACUGGUCUGCUGGUUGGAAAAGUCUCCAGAACUAUUGGCUAACGUGCCACAGUUCAUCUUCCAAUCAAUCAGAGAUAUUGUUAAAAGUAUUGGCCGUUGCAGUCUGGUGUUGUGGUACAGCUGCUCCCCUCCAGAUACAUGGCCCACCUCACCUCCCUCUCAGCCUCCUCUUCCCACACCUCUUCUACAGGACAUUGAUAUGCUGCGUCAAGUCAUAUUCAGGACAUCACUGUUUGGUUGGACGAGCAGAACACAGUUUGAGGAGACAUGGAUGUCCUUGUUGACUGUCCUGAGUGCCAGCCCGAGCCCAGACUCUGAACAGGACGAAGUGCAAGCCAUCAUGCAGGGCAACAGUGUAGCAGUGCAGGCCAUUACAUCUCUGCUGGUACAGACUCUGCUGCUGCCGACCCCAGGCCACCCCAAUACUGGCUGUCUGCUACAUUCGUCCAGGGACAAGACUCUGGUUCUGCCGUCUCAGUGGGGGCCCAAGCUGGAAGGAGUGGUGGACAAGCUCUACUGGAAGUUGAAGGAGUGUCAGAGAAUGACCAGGACUAGUGUGCGGAUCUGUCAUUUACAUCACAGGAGUAACAUUGAUAGGCUCCAUAAUUCAUGCAGGUAUGGAUAUGGGCAAGUGUCUGUUGAUUUCCUCAAGACUGCUGUCAUGUCGGUUGAGGAAAGGGCCACCAGCACUGUAAACCCGGACUACCUGGAACAUCAGAAGAGGAUAUCUGAGAGUGGAUUGGACCUGCAGUCUUGUCUACAGUUUCUGUUAGACCUGUAUUCACAGUGGACUCAGCCCAAGGUGAAUGUUACCUUAAGCCUGCUGUUGGAAAUUGUACGCUCAACGGUUACUAUCUCAGAUCUAUUCUCUGAACGAUCACACUUUGCCUGGCUGUUGGACCUGUGUCUGGAGCUGUCAAACAAUCAUCCCCCAGAGGAUGAGAUCCUACACCAGUACCUGGUAGUGGCAGUGUGCAAGGCUGCUGCUGUUCUUCCUGCCCUGGAGACUGAAGUGUGUGAGCGAGUGUUGAGGUUGGUGGAGUCAAGUCUCAAGUGUGUGUUUCUGCCCACCAGAGUAGCAGCUGUCCAUGGUCUGCUGUACCUCCUUGAGAGUUUUAUUCACAUCAAGGAGGAGGAGCUAGUGAGUGAGGUCUCCAGUAAAACUCCAGACACCAGGCAGAGGCUACUGCAGAUGGCCAGGGAGCACAUCGGCAGACACUUCCCACCUGAGUCUUCUGCAGGGCAAAGUGAGGAGAGUCAGCUGGUUCUGUACAGUCUGGUUUUGUAUAUAAUGGAGCACUCCCCUCAAGAGCUAUCACCAGAAGUACAGUCACAACUGUUACAACUAGUCAUUUCCACCUCCAGCAGUCGACAGAUAGUACUAUACCAAGCACUCAUGCAGGGGCUGUGUAGACUGGUGAUGGCAGGAGUGUCUGGUGUGUGGGAGCCUGUGACAAGACUGGCCAUGGACAGGCUAGGUCAGUCAGAUCCUGCGGUAUCAGUGGUGGCACUCAAGCUGCUGCUCACCUGCAUGUAUUCUGGAGAAUAUAGCAAGAUGAGAGGAGAAGAGGGUAUUGUUGAUCCGGAGCAGAUGGUAGCUACGAUAGAGAAAACAUCUGCACUAUUUGAUAGGGUCAAGAAAGGGAGUCCGCUGGAAGUAGAAUGUGUGUGUGCUGUGCUGCCUUACUUGCUGGCAGAUUUCUUCCCAGCAUCGGAGGUUCUCACCAAGGCCAUUGGAGAGUUCCUGUCUCCCCACCAACCCCACCACCGACCUCUCUCUGCCGUCAUUUUUCAGGUGUUGUCUCAAGCCUGCAGAGAGGACCAACUGCCUCUGUUACAAGCCUGGUUGGUCAUGUCUCUACACAUCUUCACCCAAACAUUGCCUGUUGCCAUGGCCACCUGGUGCCUCUCCUGUUUCUUCAUCAGUGCCUCCACCAACCCCUGGCUUAGAGCUGUUUUCCCACACGUCCAGUCUCGGAUGGGCAAGUGCACUUAUGAGGACCGCAAGUUGUUGUGUAUAGCAGCAUCAGACUUUUACAGACAGUUAACUGAUGUUCAGCAAAAAGAAACAUUUGUAAAGACAUUCAAAGAAGCAGCGUCUACACCCCGUAGUCCGUUUGCUGAUGUCAUUGCCAGUUUGUAGAUAUUAAACUUCUAAAUGGCUCUAAAAUGAAACUUCCAUCGAAGAGGCUCAAAAGAUUUAGCCCCCAUACAUAUACUUACGUAUACUGAAAGUUUUGUAUUUAUUUUUCAAGGAUGAUAUGUUGUAGAUGUUUUGUUAUGUUUGUAAAUUGUUCUUUAUUGAUAAUCAAUUUAGAACUGAGUUUUUAUUGUUGAAUAAUGUGAUAUUUACAAUAGGGAUUUACAGUCAUAUUGAUAGACUUAAUGCAAUGUACAAGCACUCUAUUUUAAGUACGCUUUUAAAAUCAAAGUCUAACCAUUACAGUUAAGUUUUAUUGUACAUCCUUCUUAGUCAUAGCUAACCAAAGUCCAAAAACAGUACAAUUGUAUUAAUAAACAUUCCAAGUCAAGUCUUCUUAUACUUUGUUAAUUUUGUUAAUCAUUAGAUCUUUUUGUCUUCUUAUGUACAUCUUAUAGUUAUGUAAACACAGUUUAUUGUAGACUUUUACUAUCUUAUAUAGUGAAUCAUAUUUCCAGUCUUUCUGACAUAUUAUGUUCGUUUUCAGUUUAUGACUAUGUUUUGUAAAUUUAACAGUAAAUUAAUUAUAUUUUACUUUAUUGUCUGUUGCUAUGCGACGGCUUACACAGACAUAUACCUUAGUUUCUGAUCUUAUGAGGAUUAAACUGUAAUUGCAAGUUUUAAAAUUAUAUAUUAAAAUUACAACAAUUUAUUUUUUUACAAACCAAUAUAAUUUUAAAAUCAAAUUGCAGUUAAACAUAGCCAAGUGUAAACAUCAUAUUAACUUACAGAUUUUUGUAGCAAUAUUAUUUGAGAAACCUCGAAAAAAGUAUACAAAAUAUUUACUAGUUUUAAAUUGGAAGAAAUAUGUUUUUAUUUAUUUUAGCAAAAUAAAUAAAAAUGAACUGUUUUACAUACUACUAAACCUUGUUGAUAUGAGUUUGUGUAAUUAAAUAUAAAACAAAUGCAAAUUGAUUCAAAACUAUUACUUUCCAACAGUACAGUAAUUAUAAUAGUGUUAAAUACAUCAACACUUUAAGGAGUGCGUGUAAACGCUACAUAAUGAGUAAGGACGUCAUAUGAUGUAUAUUCUUAUAGUGGCCCAAAGGAGUACGGACGUCUUA